AUGGUGUCCCACGUAUAUGAAUGGGUGGGUUCCUCAGACAUUACGCCAGAGUACUUUCAGCUUUGUGCGUUUGAUAGUAAGUGCCUUUUUCCGUCCGAAUCUGUUGCAGUAGUCGACAAACAAAAGCGUUACAUGGCUGAAAGCGAAGAUAUGCCUAAUCUUUUGGAAGAAUACCCGGAGAUGAAUUUUAUGGGUUUUGGAAGUACUGCAUACAGAUUCAGUGACACCAUACCCCUAGACUCCACAAUGUCGCAACCUUCAUCUUUCCUCGCUGUCUCUCCGGUUCCUGGCCUCCCACCAGAACAGUUGAUGUACGGCGACGAUCUAACGUGA